CAUUCGGCGCAUUAGCCACACAACGACAGCAUCAACCUCGAUCCACACUGCUUUCUUCUUAAAAGAACGUAUUUCUGGGAUGCUCUGCCCCCAUAGCCCUCGGAUCUCAUCGCUCCGGUGAUGGCUACCACGGAUGGCUCGCCAGGGCCCAGAAUCAUACAAUGGUACGUCGACACACGCCGCAUGUGGCCUGUGCCCAAGAAAGCCAAACCCAAAGAUGAAGUGCUAGAGUUCAAGAACGUCGCCGCAAGAGAGCUCUCGUUAUUGACCGAGGCAGAGCAAGACUCCGUGCUCAGGUACUACUAUCUCCGAGACGCAAAGACAAAACUAGUUUCCCACCUCCUCAAACAUCUCAUCGUUACCAAGUUCUGCAACGUCCCUUGGUCAAAAAGUAUCAUCUCUAGAGACGCCAAAAAGAAACCCUGCUAUGUCCCCGAAGGAGAAACCUCCGAACCGGACGGCUUCGCUUUCAACGUCAGUCACCAAGCCGGCGUCGUUGCCCUUAUCGCAGCUGUCGGAUUUAAAAGCCGUAUCGAAGUCGGAGCAGACGUCGUUUGUGACAAUGAGAGAAUCAAGAUCGAUUAUCAACACAUCGACAAACAUGGUUUCUUCGACUGGGUCGAUAUGCAUGCCGAUGUUUUCGCGCCCUCGGAAUUGAGCUACAUGAAGCUUGCACCUGUGCCCGUAGAUCUGAGAGUCAAGGGAGCGGAAUUGAACGGGUAUGGUCAAGACGCUAUUUCACGCUGCCAGAAGAGGCAUGAGAGGAUCGCUGUUAAGAUGACAGGGAAGAAUGGCGAGGAUAUGGAGCUGCAGAUGCAGACAGAUCCGAUUAUCGACGCCAAACUACGACGGUUCUACGCUAUGUGGUGUCUUAGGGAAGCGUAUGUGAAGAUGUCUGGAGAUGCGUUGCUAGCGCCCUGGCUGAAAGAGCUCGAGAUCUUGGAUGUGGUGGCUCCUGAAGCUAAAGAGGGAAUCAGGGACGAAUUCUCGUUGGAGAAGGGAGAAGUGAUCAGGCAAUUUGCGACGUAUAUGAAGGGGAAAGUCAUGAGAGAUGUGAAGACGGAAAUGACUGCUAUGGGAGUUAAUUAUAUGAUGAGCGGAUCGAUUCGAGUUCCCAAGGAGCAUCAGAUGUCGGACGUUGUGUUUGGCGACUGGUUGGAGCUUGAUUUUGAGAAAGAUGUUUUGGCGGUUGCUGAAUCUUAUUGAGUCAAUAAGCGGGAAACUAUCCAUACAGCUGAAGGCUAACAAUCAGCUACUAUUGAUCAUCAGUGGAAAUACUUCACAACCUGGAAGCGCGAUCUUCACUCUUCGAGUCACGUGUCAGUGAAGAUGAUCUAGCAGGAGAGAUGAAGGAAGACAGGGUAUGAAUGAUUUAAACUGAAUUAGAAACCUAAAGCAGUUGGCUCCUCGAAGUCGCCAAUACCAACCCCAUUG